UUGAAUCCGGAAAGCCUUCGGGGUAGGUUAGUGGAUAAUCCUCUUCCCGAGUGAAUUAUACACAAGUGCUGCGUUGAUCCUUUUUUAGCGUUAUACACAGGGAGCGAAACAAGGCACUUUUUCCCUGUGCAAUCCCAGUCCAACAUCCGAUCUCUACUGUGCGUCGAUAGUUUUAUGUCAUAUGUGUGUGUACUUUCAUUCAAGUCGCUUUUCAAUGGAUCCAGCUUUGUUUUCCUGUCCGUUCCGGGUGAAAACAUGAGUGCCAUUGUAGAAAACCCACUUGUAAUACAUAUGCUUGUAUAAAUCGCAGUUCGCAAAGUAUUCACAAUGAUAUUUGUGAUUUGCAGUAUACCGGCAUAUGAGAUUGUGUACCGAUAUUUUUUUGGCCUGUAACUUAUUUAUACAACUAUCAGCGGCAAUCGGGAUUAUCCAGUGUGAAACCAUAUAACUUAAUCACAUCCAUCUCCGCCUAUAUACGACAGCAUACGCGGCUAGUAUAGCGUGUCUGUAUAAUUCCUCGUCAUCACAAGGCUCAUUUGGGAAAUUUCAUGUAACGAAACGACGGGGAGUUAACUGCUUUCAUAGUGGUUAGCCGUGUGUAGUGCGCGCGGCGCUUGUCCUGCGUGUGCCAGUGUGUGUCGGCAUCUAUCUGAUUCCCAUCGGACGUGAGUGUGUUAUCACCGCAGUUUGUCCGUUAGGGGACCUACUACUGGCAAAAUUAGUCGGCAUUAGGGAUAAGCAUUGGACAAUCUGAACACAAGUUUCCAUUAAGAGAUUUUCUUGGCUUUAUCCCCAAUUUGCUUUUCAAAGAACACCAUCGUCGUCGUCGGUCGGUCGCUCGCCAGUAACCUUACCGGGCUUCUUUCUUAUGGGGUGCAGUGUGCACUGGGCCCGGAAGUGCCAGCACAGCAUGGGCAUGCUGCAACACAUGUAUUUAAGCCUGCUGGUCAAGUGAGCCGUUUUUCCCUAUUACUUAACUGGGAUUGCGCAUUUUCUCCUACUGUUCAUGAUCCCGUCUUGGGGAGUACUCUUGUGCUGGCCAAAGAGGAAUUACUAUCUUGUUGUGGGAUUCUCAAGCACGUUCUCAUGAUCGAGGAUUUUUUUCUCCGUCAGCCGCUACCGACCAAUUUUCCGGAUUAGCCUUCUCCACGAGCAUGUCCCAAGUUUGAUCCGAAAAGAGCUGUCGGAUUGCAACAGAAUGACUUAAACCAGCCGCAAAUGAUAACGAGCAGCCAAAGGAAGUGACAAUGUUCUGUGCAGUCCUCCUCAAUCGGCUCUCCGCAAAGUGUAUCAUUUGCCUAAUGAGCGGAUUUCUCUCUGGUUCCCUAUCUAAUGAAAGCAGCACUAUAUUUUAACGGGCUAAAUCGAACUGGAUUGUGUAGACAAUUUGAAAUGCGAGGCUUCCGGGGUCUUGAUGGAAUGCACUAUAGGGUCUCUCCCGUGCCACAUCGUCUUGCCAUCAUAUCACAGUUAGUGGUCUGCGUCUUACUUACCGUUUGUGGGAAAUGCCUAGCCGAACACUGUCACCAGAGCGAGCUAACGCAAUGUAUGGAGCACGUGAAACCCAUAAUGCAGAAUGCUACAAUAGGGUUCGCAGCUAACGCCGAACAGCUGAACACAGUCUGCAAGUUGUUCAAUCAAGGAAUGGAGUGCAUUGACAGAUUUGUAGCAAAAUGUUUCCAAGAGUCUCAGAGGAUUUUAUUCAAGGAGAAUAUGGCAGGCGUCGAGGAAGUUAUGAAGCGAUUAUGCACUGAUGGCGAAUAUCGUAAAGAGUACCUGCAACAUGCUGAUUGCUUUCGGAGUGUCGCGCCGCAGUAUGAGGAAUGUGGUGGCGCUUUCCGCACUUCAGUUGGAACAAUAAAUCAAAACCGGGCCACCGAAACCCAGGAUAAGCUAUCGCAGAUGUGUGGAGCACUGCAUCGAUUUCUGGAGUGUGCAUAUGGUCUGACAUCUCAACAUUGCGGCGAGAACGGCAAGAGCGCAUCCGAAUUUCUGCGGACGUACACGGAAAAGGCCGUUGGCUCUCUGAUUACAUCAACUUGCAGGAAGUUCCCCGCUGGGAAUAAACUGACCAAUUCGAAUAAUCGCGUUGUGGAGAUUGAUGAGGAGGAUGGAUUGCGCGAGGUCAGCCUGCAGGACGAUCUGACAACCGUCCUCAUCAGCACCACCACGACGAUGCGGCCCACGCGGCCAUCACGGGGCGGCGGUGGUCAGGGAAAAGGCUCGAAAAAGGGCGAAGGUCGUUCGCGGAGUAAGGCCACACCGCCCCAUCGUGGGGCGGGCGUUACACCCGCCGGCAGUCUGCAGGGCACUGCCGCUUCCGGUACCCGUGGCGGUGCAGCAGGUGUACAAAUUGUUACUUCCGGUUUCAAAGUUUUUUUAUUAAUAUGGUGCGCUUUAUGGCAUUUGAGAAUCUUUUCGUCUUGGCCUUUUGGACACGUUUUUUGUUAGAUCCCUUUUGUGGAAACUGGAAUUUAUCUGAUGGUAUUCCCAUUUCCGGUAAAUUUAAGCUAUUCGUGCUGGCGAUUCCGUUAAGUUGUUUGAGAAUGCGAUUUUGCUGUACGAAACCAAAGAAAGAGGCAGUGGA